CUCGCGCACGGUCUUGUAAACAUGUCAAAAGCCAUGUGCGGCUCGGCCAGUUUCUGAGUGCGGUGAAAAAUCGAAGUUUUUCUGGUGAAAAUCAUUAGCAAAAAUCUUGGAAAUCUACGCAAAUCAUGGCCAUAGAUACCAUCCAUAAGGCUGGUGCGCUGAAGCAAACCAACAAGGCGCAUAAACAUGGAAAACAUGCAUCUAAGCGAUCGCUCGAUAGAGUCGCUAAAGGAAAGACAAACUUGAAAUCCGCCACUAAAAAGUCGCACCGAGAGCUCGGCCGGGAAGAUCGUCGCCGGCAAGCGAACCAAAUUCGCAAAAAUAAGCGCCAGGAAGCGAUUGCGCUGAAGAGAGCUAUCGGAGGAGCAACGACGGCACCGUUUUUGACCUGUAUUCUUCCGUUGCACGCCAAUGUGGACCCCAAUUCGGCUCUGGCCAUUGUGGAGGGAUGUGACGAGGAGGCCACCGUGUUCAGAGUUUCCAACAGGAUUCGAUACAUGAAUAUUUCUAUCCUCUCUUCAUUACUUAGCGUUCCCCGAUUCCGUCAGAGGUUCUCAUUCAUCACCCCCGAGGUUGGACACGGUCAUGAGCUUUCAGUUCUGGAUGCGCUCAAAGUGUGCGAUUCAACCAUUUUGCUUCUCUCCGCCACCGAAGUGGAAGAUGAUAUCAUUGAUAAAAAUGGUGCCAAAAUCUUAAACAUGGCUCUUAGUCAAGGUCUUCCUACGCCAAUGGUGUUUGUCAUGGAUAUGGAAUCUAUUGCCCCGAAGAAGCGCGGACAGGUGAAAAGCGCAAUUCAAAAGGCAAUCUCCGACGUUCUGCCGGAUGAAAAGAUCAUGACUUUGGAUUCCAACACCGAUGGAUUGAACUUGUUGCGUCGAGUUGGUGGUCAAAAACGAAAGGUCCUCCACAAUAAAGCCAAUCGUCCGCAUUUGUUCGGAGAGAAGGUUGAGUAUGUACCGGAGAUGGGCGAAGGAAGUGUAGGAACUCUGAAGGUUACUGGUUUUCUGCGUGGAGUUCCCUUGUCGGUCAAUCAGCUGGUGCACAUUCCUGGUCUAGGUGACUUCCAAAUGUCGGAAAUCUACGCCCCUGAGGAUCCGUACAAAUUGCGAAAAGGAGACGAGGAAAUGUCGUCAGGAGAGUGCAAGCUGUUGGCCAAGGCCGAUGAGCAGAAGCAAACAAGCCUACAGAAGGAGAACAUCCCUGAUGAGAUGGAUGCUGAGCAAACGUGGCCAACAGAGGAAGAAAUUGAAGCUUCGAAAAAUGAGAACAAGAAAAAGCUGAUCAAGAGGAUUCCUAAAGGUAUGAGCGACUACCAAGCUGCCUGGAUUCCAGAUAUUGAAGAAGUGUCCGAGAAUGACGAUGACGAUGAGGAUGAUGAAGACGAUGACGACGAAGAGGAGGAAGAUUACAUGUCUUGUGAAUCAGAUACGGAAAGCAAGGCAGCAGAGCAAGAGGAAACCGAAGAGGAUGAUGAAGAAUAUGAGGAAGUGAGCGUUUCGGAUGGCCCUGUUUCGGCUGAAAGGUACGACAAACAAAUGGACAUGGAAGAAGAGAAACGCACACUUGCGAAUCUACAAGCAGCCAAGGAUGACGAAAUUUUCCCCGAUGAAAUCGACACUCCGGCAAACAUUCCUGCCAGAGAACGGUUUAGGAAAUAUCGUGGCUUGGAAUCGUUCCGAACGUCUCCCUGGGAUGUGAAGGAAAAUCUGCCACUGGAUUACGCUAAAAUCUAUCAGUUCAAGAAUUUCGAUCGCACGAAGCGACGGAUCAUCAAAGAUGCUCAAGAAGUGGAUGAUGGAGUUAUGCCUGGCUGGUACAUCCAAAUUCUCGUGAAAAACGUUCCUCAAGAUGCGUGGAAUGCUUAUCUCUCGGCAGGAAAUGGCGAACAGGUUGUAGUGUACGGCUUGUUACCUCAUGAACAUCAAAUGUCCGUCAUGAACGUGUGUUUGAAGAGGACUUCUAACUCUACCAUCCCCAUCAAGUCCAAGGAACGUCUUAUCGUUCAGUGUGGCUUCCGGCGGUUUAUUGUGAACCCAAUAUUCAGCCAGCAUACCAACGGCGACAAGCACAAGUAUGAGCGGUACUUCCGACCGGGAAUGACUGUGGUGGCCACUUUCUUCGCUCCUAUACAGUUUCCUCCGGCGCCGGUAGUGUGCUUCCGAACCAACCCAGACACGUCUCUCGGAAUGGUGGCCUCGGGUAGCGUGAUCGACUGCAAUCCGGACAGGGUGGUGCUGAAGCGUGCCGUCAUCAGCGGACAUCCGUUCAAGAUACAUCGCAAAUCGGCCGUGAUUCGGUAUAUGUUCUUCAAUCCGGAGGACAUCGAGUAUUUCAAACCAUGCAAGCUGCGCACCAAGUUGGGCCGAUUGGGUCAUAUCAAGGAAUCGCUGGGAACUCACGGUCAUAUGAAGUGCAUCUUCGAUACACAGUUGAAAUCACACGAUACGGUUCUACUGUAUCUGUACAAGCGAGUGUAUCCCAAGUGGACGUACGAGGACUGCAUUGUCUCGUGUGCUGCUGGUCACAGUAGUAAUACGGGUUCCAUAACCAGCCUGAAGGAGGACGAGGAAAUGCAAGAGUAGAGUGGUGACGUGGUAAAGGUAAGUUAUGUGUUGGGAGAUGUAGCAUUGGAAGCGCAGAGUUUUGUUGCAUUCUAUAUACUAUAACAGGAGUUAUAACCAAAAGUA